UUGCUUUUGUGUUUCCGGCAGGCUGGGCAAAUGCGGGCUCCUGCCGAGGUGGCGAGACGGCCCCGCUGAGGACCUGGCUCCGCCAUGCCCUGGACUGUCAAAUGGCUGAAUGGCUACAGCAGCCGCCAGGCCCAGUCCCAGAAGCAAUGCAAGAAAUCGUCCUUUGCCUUCUACCAGGCAGUGAGGGACCUGCUGCCAGUGUGGCUCCUGGAGGACAUGAGGACAAUGGAGGCCUUCCAUUGGGAAGGUGGCAAGGUGAGCACCUACUCUCCAUCCGAGGCCCUCCUCUAUGCACUGGUGCAUAACCACCAGCCCUAUGCCCAGUACCUGCUGAACAAGUUUCCCCAGAGCGCUCUGGCCGUCCCCAGCCCCAGCUUCAGCUGCUGUCAGUCACUGGCUCCUCACCUGGCCAUGGCAGUUCGUUAUAACCGCAUCCACAUCCUGCUCGGGAUCCUCAAAGCCAUCAGAGACUUCCCAGAAAGCGACCGAAUUGGCUACCUGGACUGCAGGGGAUGCAGCCGUGUGGAGGGUGGUAAAACUGCCUUGCAUGUGGCCUGUGAACUGGUGAGACCCGAGUGUUUAAUCCUGUUGCUGGGACACGGUGCAUCGCCUUGCUUACAUGACAGCUCUGGGAACACCCCUUUGGACAUCUUGCUCCAGCAGAUUUCCCAGACUCCAGCAGUAAACCUGCGCACCAAGCUGCUCUCACUGGACUCCCUUUUCCUGUUCAUGCCUCAGGAGCUCCAGUUUCCAAUGAAACAACAAUUGCUGGACAAUCAGCAGCCCUGGCAAGACCUUUUGGGAGAGAACAGAUAUCAGUGGCUGGCAGGCUUAUCCCCCCCCUCUCUGUUCAUUAGUGCUAUGCGCAUCUUAAUCAGGACCAUAUCACCCGAACAAUUCCCAGAGGCACUGGAGGAUCUGCCCUUGCCAAACUUCCUGAAGCCACUGGACUUGAAGCUGAAGAGUUAGGGGGGUGUCCAAGCAAUUCCUGCUUGUGUAAUGCAAACAGGCCAUGGUAUACUGAACGUGUAAAGAGCUGUUAAUGCAGCGCAGGAGGGUGUUGGGCAAAACACUGGUUUUAAUUAGAACAUAUUUUUAAAAGGAUUAUAUCUGGCACUUUACAUAUAUUUUAUUUAUAGUACGUUGUGGUGAGGUGUUUCCACACCACGUUUUAUAAGAAGUAUUAUACAGCAUGUAUAUCCUAGGAUUUAUGGGUGAAUAUAUUUGUAAAUAAGCCUAAAUAAACCAGUGACAGAUAUGAUCAAAAUGGAAAUACAGACAUUUUAAAUUUC